UGUUAGAGCAGACAGAGAGUCUGACAAGCAGAGGCACUGAUGGAAAACAUGGAAGAGAAGGAGUGUAUGAUAGUGAGCCAGCAGGUGAGCUCUUCACCUUUCCUCAAGGCUUUUUACCUAAAGAUGCCCCUGAGCGUGCCGAGUCCUGUACGCCAGAGACGACACACGCUUCCAGCCAGCGAGUUCCGCAACCUCACACCACAGGACGCCAUCAGUGUGUUCGAGAUUGAAAGAGAAGCUUUCAUCUCUGUGUCAGGAGAGUGUCCGCUCACGUUGGACGAGGUGCUUAACUUCUUAAGUCAAUGUCCUGAGCUGUCCAUGGGCUGGUUUGAGGAAGGACAGCUUGUGGGCUUCAUUAUUGGGUCUGGCUGGGAUAAGGAAAAGCUAGCACAGGAAGCUCUGACACGUCACGUUCCAAACACGUCUACCGUCCACAUCCACGUGCUGUCUGUACACCGUCACUGUCGCCAGCAGGGUAAAGGCUCCAUUCUGCUGUGGCGUUACCUGCAGUACCUCCGCUGUAUUCCGGGUCUACGCAGAACCCUGCUCGUUUGUGAGAAGUUCCUCAUGCCUUUCUACGAGAAGGCUGGCUUUAAGGAGAAAGGGCCUUCAGCGAUCACAGUAGGAGCUCUGAGGUUCAGAGAGAUGGAGUAUACACUCGCAGGGCUGGCCUACGCACGGCGAAAUAGCAACUGCUGAAGAAGUGGACUGGUUGUUUUUACACUAAAGGACACAGCUCUCAUAUUCAGGCCAGCAAGUGAAGGAUCAGGACAGAAAACUUCAUGACCGACGUCACCUUGAAGUGCACUUUAUUAAACCAGAGACUGAAAUCAUUCCAAACUGUACAGAAUCUUCAACAUGACACCAAAUGAUGGUUAAAUGAAGUGAUGCGACUGUACAGUCUGGUGUUCA